AUGUCCGCAACGGCAUCGGGCUCAUCAACGCAGCCAAAUGGAUCAGCCACAAAUCGCAACCACAGCCAGGGCAACCAGGACAAGACAUACACACCCCAACAAAAAGCAGAAGUGCUUAGGAUACGAAAAUGCAGUCCGACAUCAUUCUAUGAGAUUUUAUCAGUCACCAAGACAAGUAGCGAUGGCGAGAUCAAGAAGGCAUACCGGAAGAUCAGUUUGUUGACACAUCCGGACAAGAAUGGCUACGAUGGCGCAGACGAGGCGUUUAAGAUGGUGUCGAGGGCAUUUCAAAUAUUGAGCGAUGCUGACAAGAAGGCGCAAUAUGAUCGAACUGGUGGUGAUCCGGACAGUCGAUUUGGCGCUGGUAGCCCGAGUGCGGGUGCCUCGCCAUUCAGCGGAUUUGCCAGAUCACAGGGCGGAGGGCCUAUGUUUAACGAUGAAAUAUCACCAGAAGAGCUCUUCAAUCGAUUCUUUGGCGGCGGCGGAUUCGGCGGCGGCCCAUUUGGCAUGCAGGGCGGGUUUGGUGGCCCACAGUUUGUAUUUAACAUGGGCGGAGGUCCAGGAUUCACAGUACACCAGAUGGGUGGCCGCAAUCCUCGACGAAGACCGCGGAAUGGCAACGAGCCAGAGCAAAGUGGGUCCGCAUUGAUGCAACUCCUACCGCUGCUACUUCUGUUCAUCCUUCCCUUACUGUCGUCUUUAUUCAGCGGGGAGGGCUCCUCAGGACCUGGAUUCCGCUUCGACGCACCACAGCCACCAAUGACCAUGCAUAGGGUCACACCAAAACACAAAGUCGACUAUUACGUCAACCCGAAGGAUGUCGAUGGUUGGCAGGCCAGUAAACUUCGCGAUCUCGACAAAAAAGCCGAGAACGAGUACAUACAUAUCAUGCAGUAUCAGUGUGCAGACGAAACGCAGAGAAAACGGAAUGAGAUUCAGGACGCACACGGCUUUUUCUUUACGGAUGAGGCUAGGCUGAAGAGGGCGCGAGAGAGAAGGAUGCCGGCCUGCGAGAGACUCGACGAUUUACGUGUGGUACGGAGGUACUGA